CUUUUAUAUUCUUUUUGUUUUUAGACAAAAACAUUUGUAAUGAAUGGAAAAUAAUGUGUAUCAGCAGAAACGUCAUCUAGUUGUUGUUGUUAUUGUUGUUGUUGUUGUUGUUGUUGUUCCUCAUCUAUUCUCCAAAGGAAAUGAGUUACUUUAACGACCUCCUUUCCGUUGACUUCAAUACAAAAUGUGAUUGGCUACCAGCGAAUCAAUUUUUAUUUCAGUUAGCUAACUUAUUUCUUGUGUUGACAUAUUUUGUUAAACCUAACAGCUUAGCUGGUUUAAUGCAGCUUCGAUUUGCUUUAAUGAUGGCCGGAUUGUGUUUUGGUAUUUGGGGCGGUGCCAUUAUUUGCGCACUUGAUUGUUUACUGUGGAAUAUCGCUUUUGCUAUUGGAAAUGCAUUGCAUUUGAUUUAUUUACUUGUUAAAACAAGACCAGUGAAAUUCGUAGCCGAGCAUGAACUGUUGUACACGAAAAUAUUCGAGCCACUUGGUGUAAAACGAUUUCAGUAUGGUCGAUUGGUAUCUCUUUCUAAACGUCGUACUUUGAAGCCACAAGAAUAUUAUGCUAAACGAGGCGUCACUGAAGCAAGUCAUAUAGGAAUUGUUACUAGUGGCAGUUUCACAGUGCAGCUGGAAAAAUCAGUCAUCGGUCAUAUUGAUCAAUUGGAAUUUCUGGAUUCACCAGAAUGGAUUUCAACUGAUCGCUCGACUACAUACCAGGUCUCCAUCUUAGCUCGAACAUUGUGUCACGUUUACGUGUGGAGAAGAGAUGAGUUGAUGAAAUUAUUUAAAAAGGAUAGCAUGUUAAAAAAUGUUUUUGAUUCGUUGAUUGGGAAAGAUAUUUGUAAAAAAUUAUUUUCUCUUCAUCAAAGUUUUCUUGCUAGCGAUAACCAGAUUGUCUCAAACUUGCUUCAUCAAGCUCCUUUACUAGCGUAUUCCGCAGCCAACUUAAUGGAAUUAUGCAGAUCCUCGUUUACAUCACCGCGAGACGAUUUGGAUAACGUGCAAGGUAGCCUGGAUCGGCAUCACACUAAUCUUGAACUCAAUUUAAUUGCUACUAACGGUUCCAUUCUUGAGGAGGGUCAAGUGGAAUACGAGGAGAAUGGUAACGAACUAAUAGAUACGCAUAGAAAUUCAGAAUGUGAACAUUUAGUACAAAGGGUAACUAACCUUUAAAUAACAACCACCUCGUUCACAGGCCCUUUUUUCUUGUGAUAGGAAGGUAAAUUUACAGGAUUCUCUAUUUGGUAAGAGGAUGACGUAAAACUACUAAUAAAUAAAAAAAGCAGGAUCUAUGUUAAAAUGCAUGAUUUCUUUUUGACUGUUAUAAUCGAUAAUAACAGAACGUAAUAGAUAUUGUCAUUAUUAUGGUACACUGUCUUUAUCUCGAACAUGCAGAGAACUGAGAAAAGAUUAAAAAAAAAAUAAAGAUUAAAGUGAUACAAAGGGACCAAUGUGCGUGGUCGAGAUAGAGAGUGUUUGAGAUGAAGGGUAUUCGAAAUGGAGUCAGUUCAAUGAAUGUAUUUAAAAUCAAAACAAAAAACAGUUAAAUAUUCUAUAAAUAUAAAAAUGUUAAAUGGAGAUAUUUUUAACUUUUAGAUUUUUUUUUAAUUCUUAUAUCAUAUUGCAAUCUCCUUGUUAUUAAAUUUUUUAUUUAUUUAUAUGUUACGAAUGUUUAUUUAUGUGGAGAAGGUUUAUUUAUGUGAAAAGUAUAGCGGUAAACAUUAUGUUAUCACGGCUUAUUGUACCCCUACUAGUUAAACAGGUACAGGGUCACAAAAGUCCUAAAUACGAUAAUAUAUUCCUAAAUAAUCCUAAAAAAGUCCUAAAAUUUUCUGUUGUUUUGUGAAAACUCUCAAACAUCCAUUUGUCGAACUUAUUUUUUUUAAUUAAUUUUCAUAUGUGGAAUAUAAUUCAAAAGUAUUUAUAAUCUGCAACAGUAAAUGUGGAAAUAAAAUCUGAUUAAUCCAAUUUGUUUUUUGCCCUAAUUUCGGCGUGCUCUAAAAAUUAACACAAAUUAUGAGCAGUGUUGAAAAGACUGACAGGGUAAGGGUUUCCCCGCUAAUCAUAAAAAUCUUUAAAACAGCAAAAAGGAACGUCAAUUCUUCUAAAUCCUUAAAAUAUUAUUUGCAAUUUGAGUGGGGAUCUUGUGACAGUUUUUUCGCAACUAAUGCAGAUGUCGCGAAAAUCAUAAUGGCUGCCACAUUCGUUUUUUUACGAUUUGCACGAACUUUUAGUUUAUCGUGAUUCGGUGGAAACAGAACGAACAUGCAGUGAAAUGGACAGUAUUUUCUAUGAAGAGCUCUACAAGUUAAUUUUCGAGGUGAAAUUUAAAAUCAUGCAAUUUUUUAUUAUCUGGGUUUUUCAGUAAAGAUAUUGUAAAAAUUCACUGAUUUCUUUUGACUUGAAACAAGGCGAUCAUUUUAUUAUUUGAGGAGAUCAUCUUACUCCUUGAUAAAAAAUCGUAAUGCUGUCUUGUUUGUUUGCGGCGUCGAUAACUUACUUACUGUUAUACUAAAAAGUCUACGUGGAAAAGACUUUGAAAAGUAUUGGAUCAUCGUCUAUACCGAGGUUUGCUGAUAGCGAAAAUCUCUUAAGGACAACAAAUCAAUGUGGAAAGAAAGCAGAGAAGAUAGAAUUGGAGAACAUAGGACCAACGGGUUCACAUUCAAUAAUAAGGGAAGCUCACAGUUAUGGACUUGUGUGAGCUACCUGCGGUGGCGUGCCACCUCGACUUAUAUUAGAAUUUAAAUAAUUUUCAAGUUAUAACUCGUGUUAUAACUUUCGCA